GGGCCGCCGGAGCCGCACGUCGGGCCGCCCUCCUCUUCCUCCCCACCGCCGCCGCCUCUCGCUAUGAAUGCACGCCGGGCCCUGCUCUCCGCCGCCUUGCUCGCCAGCCUCCUCUGGGAUUUACCUUGCUGCCUCCCGGCUUCCCUCCCUGCCUCCUCGGGGCUCGCCGCCUCCUCCAAAGGUGGUCGCAGCCGCAGAGUGCCGCGGUCCCCACGGGAAAACCGCCCGCGGCAAGGGGGACACGCCAUGGACCGGGCGCUCCCACGGGCGGAACCCCACGAGUACAUGCUGUCUCUGUUCAGGACUUACUCUAUCGCGGAGAAACUGGGCAUCAACGCCAGCUUUUUUCAGUCGUCCAAAUCCGCCAACACCAUCACUAGUUUUGUAGACAGGGGACGAGACGAUCUCUCGCCCGCUCCCUUGAGGCGGCAGCAGUAUGUGUUUGAUGUGUCGACCCUCUCGGAGACGGAGGAGCUGGUGGGGGCCGAGCUGCGGCUGUUCCGCCGGGCCCCGCGGGGCCGCCCGCCGCCCGCCGCGCCGCCGCACGUGCAGCUCUCCGCCUGCCUCUCGCCGCGACCGCUGGACUCCCGCGCCCUGGACCCGCGGCCGGCCUCGUCCUCCGGCUGGGAGGUGUUCGACGUGCGGCAGGGCCUGCGGGAGCAGCGGCCCUGGAAGCGGCUGUGCCUGGAGCUGCGGGCCUCGGCGGGCCGCGGGCCGCGGCGCUGGCUCGACCUGCGGGGCCUGGGCUUCGCGCGGCGGCCGCGGCCGCCGCAGGAGCGGGCGCUGCUGGUGGUCUUCACCCGCGCCCGGCGGCGGAGCCUCCUCGGGGAGCUGCGCGCCGAGCUGGGCGCGCCCCCGCCGCCCGCUGCCCGCCGCCCGCCGGCCCGGCGCCAGCGCCGCACCGCCUUCGCCAGCCGGCACGGCAAGCGGCACGGCAAGAAGUCCCGGCUGCGCUGCAGCAAGAAGCCGCUGCACGUCAACUUCAAGGAGCUGGGCUGGGACGACUGGAUCAUCGCCCCGCUGGAAUACGAGGCCCACCACUGCGAGGGCGUCUGCGACUUCCCGCUGCGCUCCCACCUGGAGCCCACAAACCACGCCAUCAUCCAGACCCUCAUGAACUCCAUGGACCCCGGCUCCACGCCGCCCAGCUGCUGCGUCCCCACCAAACUGACCCCCAUCAGCAUCCUCUACAUCGACGCGGGCAACAACGUGGUGUACAAGCAGUACGAGGACAUGGUGGUGGAGUCCUGCGGCUGCAGGUAGCGGGCGGGACGCCCCUCGGCGGCGGCCGGGUCUGCGUCUGGCGGAGGUGCGGCGGCAGCGGCGAGCGGGGCCAGGCCCGCGGCGGGCCGAGCGCGGCGGGCGAGGGGGCGGCGGCGCCGGGCUCCGCGGCGGUGCCGGCCGGGGCCGCGGCAGCGCCGGCCCGCGGCUGCCGGCGGGGAAGGGCGAGCGGGCCGGGCAGGCGGCGAGGCCCCCGCCCGGUCCCUCUCCCGCUCCCCUCUCUUCCCCCGGGGUUUAUCUGGCGAUCUGUCCUCCUCCCUGCAAAGGUGAAGGCAAUUUAGCGAGUACAAAAAGAGUCGGGGGAGGGAGAGGGAGCAGACUGAUCCCUCUCUCUGAAGUUGCUCUGAAGAGGGCUGUUUCAUUUCUGCCCUCUCUCUUUCACAUUCCUGCAAGCUUACCAGCCAGAAAUAGCCUACGGCCCCCCCUUUCCCUCUCUCCCCCCCAAGGGGGAAAAAAAGGAGAAAAGGAGGAAAAAAAAAAAAGAAAAAGAAGCAAGAGUUGCUUAAGAUUGUAAUUAUCAGCUAGGUUUUAUUUUAAGACAGCAAAACUGUGAAGAGCGAAGUGUUACAGAAAGCACAACCGGGGUGGAUUGGAAAGGAAACUGCUUCGGGUCCCACGAGGAGGGCAAGGAUGCCAUUGCCAGGUCUCCGGGUAGCUGUGUCUCGACGGCCCUCGCAAUUUGCAGCAGUAUUACAUGCAAAUGGGCUGGAAAAGGCGUUUUAUGUAAGAUGUCUGGUUCUUUCCCACCUUUGGUCUCAGCUCUGGUUUCACCUGAGGAAAGUGCACUUCGAAGCUAUGCCUAGCCCUUUCUUAAUGUAAUUAUUAUGUUCCUAGUUUCAGGCUUUUCCCCACCGAUUUCUAGAAUUGUUGGCUUAUCUGGUACUGCAGAGCUACAAACUUGUGGAAAAAGAUAAAAAAGAGAAGAGAAUAAUAAUAUAAAAUGCUAAUAAAAAGACUCGACCAGGAGCAUUAAUUUAAAAUGCACAUUUUGCUUUGGAUGCACUGUUGUUCAUGUAAAAGUUGUAAAUAUUUGUUUAUUUAAACAGACUGAAAAGUGCAAAAUGGAGAUGGACAACAUGCAUUUCUUUUUUGAUGUACAAAACAUGAUAUGCACUCGAAAUGUUAUAAUUUCUAAUAUUUUUUAAAAGUUUAUAUUUGAGUUGUACAGAAUUAAGCAUUAAUCAAAUAUUUCAUCCUUACUUAACAUUAUCAUUUCCUUAAGAUAUUAUUACAAGAUUUUAAUUCUGUGCUAAUAAUGGAGAAAAUAAUUUUUUUUUUACUGUCUACCUCAAUAUAAUGCAAGUAUUUACAACUCUAAAGUUAUCUGAGGUAAAUUAAUAUUCAGAACAUUUUUACAAUACACCUUUACUGGACGAUACUACAACUAUCAUUGUAUUAUUAAACAUUUUUUUUUCCAAACAGUCAGCUUGCUUUUAUAUGUUCUAUUAUUUGAUUAAGUAAUUCUGAGUUCUCAAGUAAAUAUUGGCUCUAAUUCUAAAAUGCUGCAGAGUUGAGUUGGAUCAAGUGCCACUUGAAGGCACACCUAAAGCCAUUCCUCCUGUCUGAAGACUUUCUGUACUCUCACAAGAUCUUUAGUUUCGUCUUUGGUAUAUGCCAGUGGCAUAAAGCUGCAUUGUGUUUUUAUGCAAUGAUUAUUGUAAGUGGGAGAAUGCAUUAAGGGGAGAAAUUCAGGCAAACGUUUGUAAAUCUCAUCUGUACUGGGGUCAUUAAUAUACACUGUAUGAUGAUGAUGAUGAGCAAAAGACAAUGAAUGUUUUAUAAAUGAUAUUUAUU